CAGAGGAACUAGCUUUUUAAUCAUAGAUCUUCAUCCUGUUUGUCUAGCCAGGAUGUUUAAUUAAUCUAUUUUUAUUUUGAAAAUACAUACGUCUACACCUUGUACAUCAUCCUCUUGACACUCGUGCCAUCAGUCGAACAGAGGAUCCCUUCUACUUCUUUACCCUCCUCCACCUGAGGCUCAGCAGAGACCAGGAGCACAGUAAGAGGUGAGCCAUGUCCUGUUCAGCCUCCCAGUGGACUCCUCAGCGUCCUUUUCUCCUCCUUUUGGUGUUGUGCUUCAUCUGCCUUUUCAUCUCGUACAAGGCCGACAUCACCUACCCUGAUUUUGAAAGAGUUGGUCAGUUUUGUCCUGCCUUCCUGUGUGCAGAGAGAGCACAGAGCCAUGACUCAAUCCCCAGCAACUCCACAGAGCUCCUCAAUAAAACACAUUCAGGUCCGACCGAGAAGCUCCAGGCGGCAGCAGUGGACGCUGAGCCCGACACAGUUGUGCUGGUCUGGAUGUGGCCGUUUGGCUUCAAAUUUGAACUCAACUGCGACAUUUUCAAUUUCACAAGAUGCCACUUAACAGAUAACAGGGAACUUUACCAUAAGGCCCACGGGGUGGUCUUCCACCACAGGGAUAUACAUGGAAGUUUAGAAAACAUGCCCAAAGGGCCACGCCCCGUUUUUCAGAAAUGGGUUUGGUCAAAUAUGGAGUCGCCCACCAACUCAGGUAAAAUCACUGGACUGAAUAAGCUUUUCAACUUGACAUGCAACUAUCGGCGUGAUUCAAGUAUCCCAGUGCCUUAUGGGUAUCUGUAUCCCGUGACCUCUGCAGAGGAGAGUUUCAAAUUGCCAGCAAAGGACAAGUUGGUGUGUUGGAUUGUGAGCCACUGGAGCCCGAAUAUGAAGAGAGUUCAGUACUACAAUGAACUGAAGAAACACGUAACGAUUCAUGCUUAUGGGAGAGCCUUUCAAAAACCUAUUGGUGAUGAAGACUUUGUAAAAAUAAUUUCUGCUUGUAAAUUCUACCUCUCCUUUGAGAACUCCUUCCACAGAGAUUACAUCACAGAGAAGUUCUUUAAUCCUUUGACUUGGGGAAGUGUUCCGGUAGUUAUGGGCCCGCCAAGACACACGUAUGAGGGCCACGCCCCAGCUGAGUCUUUCAUUCAUGUCGAUGACUUUCCUUCUCCAAAGGAGUUGGCAGAGCGGCUACUUUACCUUGACCAAAAUCACACCGAGUACAUGCGGUUCUUCAACUGGAGAAGCACGUUUAAAGUUAAAGGCGCUCUGUUUGGAAGAGAAAUUGCCUGUAAAACAUGUAGAUACUUACAAAACCACAAGGAGUACCAAGCUUUUAAUGAUCUGAACACUUGGUACUGGGGCUGAGAGGGUGUGAACGCUUCAUUCAAAAUGCUACAUUGUGUAUUUAACUUUAUCUGUUGCUAAAAAAGUGUCAAAAUGCAUCUGAUGAGUACAGAGGGUCGGAAGUGAUGGAAAGCGUGGAUUCUGUUGUUGAGCAUGUUGUUAAAAGAAUAUGCUUAAAAUAAUAUCCGUUUAGUAUGUGAAUGUACUGUGUUAUGUUUUUAGUAUCUGAUUUCAACAUCUUUCAGGCGCUUUCUUGAUGAGUUGAGAGGUGAUUUUAAAUAAUGUUUUGGGUCAAAAUUACUUUGAUGACAAAAUGUAUUUAAUUCAUGAAUAAAG